UGGGCUCGGGGCGACCGUGGGCCCCGCAGCAGGAAGGCCCCGGGUGGCAGGGAAGAGAGGGGGAGCGGGCCGGGAGCAAGGCUGCCCUGGGCGUAGGCGGGUGCAGGGCUCUCUGGAGGGACGGUGGCACCGAGGGGAGCCGUGACCUCGGCGAGGAGUCUCCCCGCAGCCAGGUGUGGGGCCGAGGGGCAGGCUGUGCCCAGCAGCCAUCUUUGUGGGGUGCCCGGGCCUCCCCCGUGGGGGGGCUGCAGCCUGCUGCCUUUCAGUGCCUCAAGGAUGGCUGAAUAGCACCAAAAAAAAAAAAAAGAAAAAAGAUUAAGAGGAAAAAAAAAAUAGAUCAUCUCAGCAGCCAGCUCGGUGCUGCGAGGAGGGGGCCGAGGAACUAUUUUGCAGGCAUCUGGCUGCUGCGGAAAUGGAUUUCUUGAGGAGAGGGAGGCGCGGGUGGGCAGCGUUGGUGGCAGAGGGGAGAGGAAUGCCACCCGGGCGGCCCCGGAGGCAGCGGGGAAGGCGGCCGAGAGCAGAGCCGGAUGGGCCACCCCACGGCCACGGGCACGAGGAGGCCGGUGUGGCGGCGGUGAGCAGCCACCCCCGUGUGCGGUGGGGGGCAGAGACGGGGGGAGCAGCCCGUGGUGAGCAGGCUGUCUCCCAGGGCUGUGGCCGAGCCUGCCUGGUGCUGCAAGAGAGAUCCUGUGAGGAUUUUUAUUGCGGUCUCUUUGUUAGCUACAGACAGGCACGCACACACUCCCAGCUUUCAGCCAGGUUGUGGGAGGCCUAUUGAUUGGGGCUGCCUUUAACCCUUUCAUAUUUGCAGAGGUAAUGCGUCUGUGGCAGUAACUGAGCACUGGCUAAAAAAAUCUUUCAAAGGUCAAGGUUCACAAGAUUUUCUUACAAUCAAAUACAUGACCAUGGGGGAUAUGAAGACCCCAGAUUUUGAUGACCUUCUUGCAGCCUUUGACAUACCAGACAUGGUUGAUCCAAAAGCAGCUAUUGAAUCUGGACAUGAUGACCAUGAAAGCCACAUAAAACAAAAUGCUCACACAGAUGAAGAUUCUCAUGCCCCAUCAUCGUCUGACGUUGGUGUGAGCGUCAUUGUAAAAAACGUGCGUACAAUUGAUUCUUCUGAAGGAGUGGACAAAGACGGCCACCAUUCCACAGGCAAUGGCUUGCAUAAUGGCUUUCUCACCUCAUCGGCUCUUGAUAGUUACAGUAAAGAUGAAGGGAAGUCACUUAAAGAUGAUGGGUCAGCUUCUGAGACUACACUGAAGGAUUCAGCUUUCAACCAGUUCAGCCCAAUAUCAAGUGCGGAGGAAUUUGACGAUGAUGAAAAAAUUGAGGUGGAUGACCCUCCAGAUAAAGAGGAAAUGCGUGCCAAUUUCAGAGCAAAUGUCUUGGCAGGCUCUGUCUCUCAGCAGGAAUAUGACAAGCUGAAGGCACUCGGAGGGGAGAACUUGAUUAAGUCUGGAAUCGCAGUUUCAAGUAGCAUAGAUAAAAAUAAAGUUGCUAAACGAGAGACAGAGACAAACUCCAUGAAUUUAGGUGUCUAUGAGCCUUUUAAAGGUCGAAAAACAGAGGACAAAUUGCUAAAAGACAAUUCUGAGAAGCUUCUUGAAAACAGGGCGCUUGAUGGAAAACUGAGUACUGAAAAAAGCGAAACAAAUCUUGCCAGCAUUUCACAGUCCAAAGCAAAGUCAUCAGCAAAGCUUUCUUCGUGCAUUGCUGCAAUCGCAGCGCUGAGCGCUAAGAAGGCAGCUACAGACACCAGUAAAGAUUUACAGUCCCAUUCAGGAGAGUCUUCUCCAUUGCCAAAAGACAUGAGUGAAAGUCCCCGGGCUAUUGAGAAAUCACCUGAAUCUCAGAGUCUCAUUGAUGGUGCUAAAAAGCCAUCUCUCAAACCACCCGAUAGUCCCAGAAGUGUAUCGAGUGAAAACAGUAGCAAAGGGUCUCCAUCGUCUCCUGCGGGGUCAACACCAGCAAUUCCUAAAGUUCGCAUAAAGACCAUCAAGACUUCUUCUGGGGAGAUCAAGAGAACUGUUACCAGGGUGUUGCCAGAAGUUGAUUUGGACUCCGGGAAAAAGCCAGAGCAGACUGCUUCCAUGGUAACUUCCAUGACCUCUCUCCUGUCCUCUCCAGCUUCUGCUGCUGUUCUCUCCUCUCCUCCUCGAGCUCCUCUCCAGUCUACAGUCGUCACCAAUGCGGUUGCGUCUGCGGAACUCGCACCAAAACAGGUCACCAUCAAACCUGUGGCUACCGCCUUUCUCCCCGUUUCAGCAGUUAAGACGGCGGGUUCCCAAGUGAUUAAUUUGAAGCUCGCUAACAAUACCACGGUGAAAGCCACGGUGAUCUCUGCCGCCUCGGUGCAGAGCGCCAGCAGCGCCAUUAUAAAAGCCGCCAACGCCAUCCAGCAGCAGACGGUGGUGGUGCCAGCGUCGAGCCUUGCCAGUGCUAAACUCGUGCCAAAGACGGUGCAUCUUGCCAACCUGAACCUUUUGCCUCAAGGUGCUCAAACCACCUCUGAACUCCGCCAAGUGCUAACCAAACCCCAGCAGCAAAUAAAGCAGGCAAUAAUUUCUGCAGCGGCCUCACAGCCUUCGAAAAAAGUGUCUCGAGUCCAGGUGGUGUCAUCCCUGCAGAGCUCGGUGGUGGAAGCCUUCAAUAAGGUGCUGAGUAGCGUCAACCCCGUGCCAGUUUACAUCCCAAACCUCAGUCCCCCCGCCAGUGCCGGAAUAACGCUACCGACCCGAGGGUACAAGUGUUUGGAGUGUGGCGACUCCUUCGCCCUGGAGAAGAGCCUGACCCAGCACUACGACAGGAGGAGCGUGCGAAUCGAGGUGACGUGUAACCACUGCACAAAGAACUUAGUUUUCUACAACAAGUGCAGCCUCCUCUCCCACGCUCGCGGGCACAAGGAGAAGGGGGUGGUGAUGCAGUGCUCGCACCUCAUUCUGAAGCCCGUCCCCGCCGAUCAGAUGAUCGCGUCCCCCUCCAGCAAUAGCGCCACGUCGAUGCUGCAGAGCCCCGCGGGAGCUGGCACGCACACCCUGACAAAGAUCCAGUCUGGCAUAACUGGGACGGUCAUCUCGGCCCCCGCCAGCUCUCCCGUCAUCCCCGCCAUGCCGCUGGACGAGGAUCCCUCCAGACUCUGCAGGCACAGUCUGAAGUGUCUGGAGUGUAACGAAGUGUUCCAGGACGAGACAUCUCUCGCAACUCACUUCCAGCAGGCUGCAGACGCGAGCGGACAAAAGACAUGCAAUAUCUGCCAGAUGCUGCUCCCUAACCAGUGCAGCUUUGCAUCACACCAGAGAAUUCAUCAGCAUAAAUCUCCAUACACCUGUCCCGAGUGCGGAGCCAUCUGCAGAUCUGUCCACUUCCAGACCCAUGUCACUAAGAACUGCCUGCAUUAUACCCGAAGAGUUGGCUUUCGCUGCGUGCACUGCAACGUGGUGUACUCGGACGUGGCCGCCCUCAAGUCUCACAUCCAGGGCUCUCACUGUGAAGUCUUUUACAAGUGUCCCAUCUGCCCCAUGGCGUUUAAGUCCGCUCCCAGCACCCACUCCCACGCCUACACCCAGCACCCGGGCAUCAAGAUAGGCGAACCAAAAAUAAUAUAUAAAUGCUCUAUGUGUGACACUGUGUUUACUCUACAACCUUUGCUCUAUCGCCACUUUGAUCAGCACAUUGAAAACCAGAAGGUGUCUGUUUUCAAGUGUCCAGACUGUUCUCUCCUAUAUGCACAGAAACAGCUUAUGAUGGAUCAUAUCAAGUCUAUGCAUGGAACUCUGAAAAGUGUUGAGGGGCCACCAAACCUGGGGAUAAAUCUGCCUCUCAGUACUAAACCCACAACUCAGAACUCAGCCAGUCACAACAAAGAGGAUGCAAAAUCUGUCAAUGGAACAGAAAAGUUGGAGAAGAAAUCUCCGUCUCCCAUGAAGAAAGCGGAGCCUAAAAAAGUGGCCAAUCCUGGCUGGACCUGUUGGGAGUGCGACAGGCUCUUCACUCAGAGAGACGUCUACAUCUCUCACAUGAGGAAAGAACAUGGAAAGCAAAUGAAGAAACAUCCGUGUCGACAAUGCGACAAAUCUUUCAGUUCAUCCCACAGUUUAUGUCGUCACAAUCGUAUCAAGCACAAAGGCAUUAGGAAGGUUUACACAUGCUCGCACUGCCCAGAUUCAAGACGGACUUUCACCAAGCGGUUGAUGUUGGAGAAACACAUUCAGUUGAUGCAUGGCAUUAAGGACCCUGAUGUGAAAGAAAUGACUGAAUCGGCCAAUAUGGAAGAAAGGGAAGUAAAAGAAGACACAAAGGUUCCUAGUCCAAAGCGUAAAUUGGAAGAACCCGUGCUGGAGUUCAGGCCUCCGCGAGGUGCAAUCACUCAGCCGCUGAAGAAGCUAAAGAUAAAUGUUUUUAAAGUUCACAAGUGUGCUGUGUGUGGCUUUACCACAGAAAAUCUCCUCCAGUUUCACGAACACAUUCCUCAGCACAAAUCCGACGGCUCCUCCUACCAGUGCCGGGAGUGCGGACUCUGCUACACGUCCCACGUGUCCCUCUCCAGGCACCUCUUCAUCGUGCACAAGCUGAAGGAGCCCCAGCCGGUGUCGAAACAGAACGGCUCCGGGGAGGACAACCAGCAGGAGAACAAACCCAGCCAGGAGGAGGAGUCGUCCGACAGCUUGGCCUCAGACAGGAGGUGCAAAGUGUGCGCAAAGACGUUCGAAACUGAAGCGGCCUUAAACACCCACAUGAGAACACACGGCAUGGCCUUCAUUAAGUCUAAAAGAAUGAGUUCAGCCGAAAAGUGAUGGGGGUCAUCUGGGAUGCAGAAAUCUCUCUCCACAUUGGAACACUAAGGACAUCUUUGCUACAGAAAGCUCAAGGUAUAACAGUGUUAACAGUACUGGUCAGGCUGUUGCAAUAUAUUCCACAUAAAAGUGUGCCCUUCACCUCAUUGUCUGUGCCCUCAAACCAUUGAAGCAGUAUUUGAGUUGAAAAGAGUUUGUAUAUAUUUAAACUAAUAACUUUUAUACUUUUUGUUACGUGUUUGUAUUGGUAUCUAGUGGAAAAUUUGGGUUCUUCUGGUUUUGUUUCUGUUCUUUUUCUUCCUAGUAAGUUUCUUUAAAACAGAGUUCUGAAUGGGGGGCAGUUCCUUGGGUUCUCGUAAACUGUGUCUUAGUUGAAUGCUUCUGGGGGAAGGCUUAGCCAAUGGACGUGCAUCAGGAGAGGCACCGUUGGAGGAGAGUGGGGAGAGCAGGCCAGGUAAGGGGAGAUUUUAAAUUCUAAGAACUUGUGCUUCUAAAUGUCUAAGGAAGCUUUUAAACUUUCUCUUAAAUAUAUAUAUUAUUAAAAAAAAAAAAAAAAAAAAGC